AUGCGAGGACUUUUACUCUUUUACAUGUUUGUCUGCUGUAUCAUGGCAAAGAAGAUGCGGUGGUGCACGGUGUCGGAUCCUGAGCAGAGGAAGUGUGCAGAGCUGGCCAAAGCUCUGGUGGCGGUGCUGCCUCCAGCUGUUGUGGCAGCUUUUGCAAGACUCUCAUGCAUCCGAGCGUCCAGCACAUCUGACUGCAUCGAGAGGAUCAGGGCAAACCGUGCUGAUAUAGUGACAUUAGACGCAGGGGAGGUUUAUUCUGCUGUGAAGCAGUUCGGCCUCGUUGCCAUCGCCAAGGAAAUAUACAGUGACGGAGGCUGCAUUCUGUCCGUGGCUGUGGUGACAAACAGCAGCUUGGACAUCCGGUCCCUGCAGGGCCUCAGGAGUUGUCACAGUGGCAUACGAUGGACAGCCGGCUGGAGUCUUCCUCUCGGCUUCCUGCUGUCCAGAAACUACCUGAGCUGGUCGAAGGAGCGGCCGCUCAGUCAAGACGUCAGCACGUUCUUCAGUGCCAGCUGUGUCCCCGGAGCUGCUGCCAUGGCUCCUCGUCUGUGUGCUCUGUGCCAGGGCCAGAAAUCGUACAUUCGCCAGAAGAAUUACCGUUGUGAAACAUCCCAUAGUGAACCCUUCUACAACAGCCAGGGGGCCCUCAGAUGUCUGAGGAGAGGUGCAGGGGAUGUUGCGUUCGUGGACAAUUUAGCCCUCGAAAGCAUUGAAGAGAGUGAUGAGUUCAGGUUACUGUGUCCUGACGGCACACAGGCUCCUCUCAGCCACUACAGAACCUGUAACCUGGGACGAGGUCCGGGCGGAGGCAUCGUCACCAGAUCCAGCUUUCGCAAGGUUGCUCGCAAAUUUCUUGUGACAGUGCAGAUGCUGUUUGGUCCUCGAGGGAGAGAGAGACAGCGCUUCCAACUCUUCAACUCUUCUGCUUUCGGGGAGAACGAUCUCCUCUUCAAAGAUCUCACAGAUAAAUUAUCUGUCCUUCCAGACGACAUGGACGUCAGUCAGGUGCUGGGCCUGGAUUAUGUGGCUCUGCUCAAGGGCCUCGGACAUGAAGGCAGCUCACUGGAGGACAGUGUGGUGCGAUGGUGCUGCAUCAGCCUCGCAGAGCAGAAGAAGUGUGAACAGUGGGCUCUCAGCAUUAAAUCAGACCCUCUGGUGUGUGUCAGAGCCGUUUCAAUGCGGGACUGUAUCGAGAAGAUCAAGAGGGACGAGGUGGACGCUGCCUCGCUGGACGCAACACACUCCUUCAUCGCCGGGAAAUGUGGUCUCAUCCCUGUAGUGACAGAAUAUUAUGGAAGGAAAUGUGGGCUGGCUGGGAGAUUAACUCACCUAGAGACAGAUGAGCUGCCCUCGGUGGUGGGUGUAGCAGUUGCCAGGCGCUCCAGCAGGAGCGUGUUCAUCGGGAACCUUGGAGGGCGUCGCUCCUGCCAGGGCCACAUGUACAGCCCCGCCGGCUGGAUGCUGCCCUACAGACACACGUUGAGUCUGGAGCACAACAGCAGCUCCUGUGAUCCAAACCAAGUUUACAACACGGUGUUCUGGAAAGGCUGCCUUCCUGGCUCUCAGGGGAACCUGUGUAAAGUGUGUAUGGGCGGCAGCGGGGAGGCCGCAACCAGACGCUGCGCUGACAACCACAACGAGCAGUACUAUGGCAACAUGGGGGCUCUGAGGUGCCUGCUCGGGGAUCCCACUGGGAAAAGCUACGGCGAUGUGGCCUUUUUAGAGCAGCACAACCUCCAAGCCAACAUCCUCAGUUUGAGCUCCAGCGGUUGGGCCGAGGGUUUGACGGCAUCAGACAUCGAGCUGCUGUGUGGUGACGGCCGUCGGGCCCCGCUGUCGGAGUGGGAGAGCUGCAACCUCGGGGUCAUCCCACCGAACACGGUCAUGACACGGCCGGUGCUCACGGCGCGAGUGUACGACUUCCUCAUGAAGUCACAGGAAACUUUGUCAGCCAAACCAAAUGGAGAGUUCCAGCUCUUUGAGUCUCAUCCGUACGGAGAGAGCGACCUGCUGUUCAAAGAUUCAACGCAAUGUUUCGUCCACACGAAUCACAUGGAUUACCGUUCCAUCCUCGGAGAGGAGUUUUACUCCCAUGCAGAAUCCGUCUUCAACUGCACACACUCGGAUAUCCUGGAGUUUUGCGAUCAGGACGUGUGCAGCAUAUUCUAACGGACAUAGAGAAGGAAGCAACUCUUCAUGCUUUUCUCGAAGGCUAAAACCUUCACACGCAUUAUUUUCCUCCAGAACUGAUGACUGCAAACUAUCAAUUAUAACAUCAGAUUCAAAGAAAAACUGCUGGAUGUGUGGUCGCGAACAACACGGGUUGGGAUUGCCACGGAGGACCUUUCAACGACUCAUCAUAAUGAUUAGAUUAGAUUAGAUUCGAUUUCUUUAUUUAUCCACACAAUGGGGAAAUUCACUUGUUACAGCAAUGAUAGAAAAACAGAAUUAGAGUAACAGUGCCGAAGCACAAUAAAAAAAAAGAAAAGGUCACAAUAUGUACACUACUAAAACUACACAUAAUAAGUGUACAGAAACAAACAACCUGCAAAACAGACACUGUGCAAAAGAGGGUGCUGGGGACAAAGUGGAAUUAUGUUAAGUGUUAUUGUAAUGAAAACAAAAAUAUGCAACAGUAGUGACCAUGAUACAGAAAAUAAUUAAGAAGUAAGUGACCAUAAUAUAAAUAAUACUACAAGAUAGCAUACUGGAAAUAUAAAUAUUGCAAUGUAACCAUUUUAAGUGACCAUGAUAUAAAUAUAGAUGGUAAGUGUUGUACACAAACAUAAAUAAGAAAAAUAAAAAUACAAAUACAGCUAUGGGGAGAGGGUUUAGUGGAGAUAGAGAUAAUAGACAGGGACUACAACAUUAUCAGGUGGUGCUGGUGUUGUAGAGCCUGACUGCAGCCGGGAUGAAGGACCUGUGGAACCUCUCCUUCCUACACCGUGCUUUCUCUUCUGCAACUUCAAGAUGUCAUUAAUACAUCGCAUCAAGUCGGACUGAUGUGUCAUGUGUAAUCUGUGUGUUUUAUAAAGACAGGUCAUGCUUUCCCGAGGCAAAUGUUUUCAAGCUUGAAAACACAAACUUGAAAUUGUGAUAACCUGUGACUAGACCCAGCUCUGGUAACUGCAGUUUCAGCUCGAUCCUUAAAGGGAUAGUUCACCCAAUCAUUCACUCAUUAUCUAUUCACCACAAUGCUUAUUUAGGGGUUUCAGUGGGAAACAGUGCUGCAGCCAAAUACAAUUGAAGUAACUUAUGACCGAUUCUUCAAACGCAUGUAAACGACAGAAAGAAACUUGAAACAUUUACAUUCUUUUUUCCGCCUAAAUGUCCUCUGAUAUCUCUGGAGCCAUGUUCUCAUGUGGAUCAGAUUUGGUUGCAAAACGCUGUUUACCCCUGAGACUCCAGAAGUGUUUUGUGGACUCAAUCACUUCAUCCACCCUUCAAUCAGGCAUAGUGGUGAGUAGAUAAUGAGUGAAAUCUCUGCGUUUGUUAUCAAAAGUCUGCACGCUAGAAUAAGAUGUGUAAGAGAUACACAGAUAGCGAUGAAGACAUGUGUCCUGAAAGAUUGCAAAUGCAGAUAAAGGGCAGAUCCAAGAUUUUGUU